UGUCAGAUGCUCGGGAAAAGUUGUCAGUUGGUCUCACUUUUUACGGAAAAAUGCCAAAAUCCUUGCAAAUUAUUUAGAGUUUCUCCGCAAGAUAAAUAAGAUUGUGGGAGUUUUGAUUAAGUUAAAAAUAUAGUGGCGUUACUUGCAUUUUGGUGUCACAAAUAUCUAUCAUCUAAUGGUGGUGCAACCCAGCUUCCCAGGAAUUUACAAUGUUGAAGGGCAAAGGGGAUCAGCAGACAUUCGACGGCUCAUGGCCAGAGAUGCGUCCCAUAAUACUGAAAGUACUAAAGCAGGAAGCUGUGACGCAUCAUGAAUGGCAGGAUAUAUUCUAUUUGAUCCACUUGGUGUGCCUGUGGGACGAGAAGGGUGCCACAAAGAUCUACGAAUGCCUUCAAGAAGACAUUGUGUCGUUUAUCAAGCAAGCCCAGGCACGGGUGCUGGCUCAUCGGGAGGAACAGGCCCUCCUGAAGGCCUACAUUGUGGAAUGGAGGAAAUUUUUCACACAAAGUGAAUACCUUCCGAUGCCAUUUCGAACACUCGAAAGUGUCCUCCAGGGGAAGAGUUCAUCAUCAAAUCACAACUCUGGCAGUGGAUCCCAGAAAAAGUCCUCCAUUGACGACAGUAUUGUGCGCAAAUUGAUGCUGGAUUCGUGGAAUCAGAGUAUCUUCAUCAACAUCAAGCAUCGCCUCCAGGAUUCAGCAAUGAAGUUGGUGCAUGCUGAACGCAAUGGGGAUGCCUUCGAUUCGCAGCUGGUGAUUGGUGUGCGUGAGAGCUACGUGAAUCUCUGUAGCAAUCCUGAGGAUCAACUCGAAAUCUACAGGGACAACUUCGAGGCGGCAUACCUCCAGGCAACCACAACAUUCUACACCCUCAAGGCGAGUGAGCAGCUUCAAGCUAAUGGAGUGCAAUCAUUCAUGCGGUAUGCAGAUACAAAGCUACGUGAGGAGGAAGCCCGCGCAAAGAGAUACCUGGAACCGAGUAGCUUCAAUGCUCUCACACAAUGCUGUGUCUCCGUGUUGAUUUGUGAUCACUUACCCACACUUUUAGCUGAAUGUGCUCCAUUGAUUAAGGCAGGAGAGACAGAACGGUUGCAGUUGAUGUUUCGUCUUCUGGACAGGGUACCAGGUGGUGUGGAACCUAUGCUGCGUGACUUAGAGAAUCACAUUGUAUCCGCGGGAUUGGCGGAUAUGGUGGCGGCAGCUGAUAUAAUAACUCAGGACUCUGAGAAGUACGUUGAGCGUCUUUUGGAGCUUUUCCGGCGCUUCAGCAAUCUCGUGCGAGAAGCUGUAAAUGACGAUCCGCGCUUCCUUACGGCACGCGAUAAAGCUUUCAAGACCGUGGUCAAUGAUACGACAGUAUUCAAACUUGAACUGCCCACAGCCACCACGGCACGUGGCACCAAAGUCACAGCGCCGGAGAGUAAGUGCCCCGAACUCUUGGCUAACUAUUGUGAUAUGCUGCUGCGAAGGACGCCACUCAGUAAGCGUCUCACGAGUGAUCAGAUUGAAUCUCGCCUGAGGGAUGUUCUGCUCGUGCUCAAGUACGUUAGCAAUAAGGAUGUCUUUAUGCGGUACCACAAAGCCCAUCUGACGCGACGUCUAAUCCUCGAUUCAAGUGCAGAUAGUGAGAAGGAGGAGGAUAUGGUUGAGUGGUUGCGUGAAGUUGGUAUGCCGGCGGACUAUGUGAACAAAUUGGCGAGAAUGUUUCAGGAUAUUAAAGUUAGUGAGGAUCUCAAUGCACAAUUUCGUUCAUCCACAACCCGACAUGAUGCCAUCAACAUAAAAAUUCUCAAUGCUGGUGCCUGGGCAAGGGGUUCCGAAAGGGUAUCCGUGAGCCUUCCCGUCGAACUGGAGGACUACAUUCCCGAAGUGGAGGAGUUCUACAAGAAGAAACAUUCCGGCAGGAAGCUCCAGUGGUACCAUCAUAUGAGCAAUGGUACCAUUACGUUUGCCAAUGACGUUGGACGCUUCGAUCUGGAUGUUACCACAUUUCAAAUGGCCGUUCUAUUUGCUUGGAAUCAGCGUCCAUUUGAAAAGGUGUCGUAUGAGAACUUAAGAUUAGCCACAGAGCUUCCAGAUCCGGAACUGAGACGUACUUUGUGGUCGUUGGUAGCUUUCCCAAAGCUGAAACGUCAGUUACUUCUGCACGAACCGGCUGUGACUGCGCCCAAAGACUUCACCGAAAAUACUCUCUUCUGGGUAAAUCAGGAGUUUGCUCUGAUAAAGAAUAACCGGCCACAGCGGCGAGGAAAGAUAAAUAUGAUUGGUCGUCUGCAAUUGAGCACAGAGAGAUCUCAGCAGGAGGAUAACCAAUCGAUAGUGCAAUUGCGAAUAUUGCGCACCCAGGAAGCAAUUAUAAAGAUAAUGAAGAUGCGAAAGAGACUCAACAAUGCAGCUCUCCAGGCGGAACUUAUUGAUAUUCUCAAAAAUAUGUUUUUACCGUCAAAGAAGAUGAUUAAGGAGCAACUAGAGUGGUUGAUUGAGCACAAGUACAUGAGACGGGAUGACGAUGACAUCAACACAUUCAUUUACAUGGCCUAAAGGGCACUGCUGAACCCCUCCCCCUUCCCUAGAUAAAGGAUGACAAAGGAUUCACCAAACACAUUUAACCUGUCCUUCCUCAUUACCUACAUUGCUAUCAGCUCUAACAAAAUUUCUUUCUCCCGCGUUAGCUGCUGGCUAUUUUUGGAAGUUUUAUUCCUGGCUUCCGGAUUAGUGUUUCUGCCUGCCCACGAGAUAUGCUUUUAUAUUUAGCUCCUCGCGAGUCAAUCCUUUAGUCUCCCCAGCCCCCAUCGUCCUCCCAUAACUCAAUUAUAUAUACAUACAAUUCAAUUGUAAAUAUUGUAAUGCAGUUGGACAAUUUUAAAUCUAUAUAGAACUCUGAAGGUGUAAUAAUAAAUUGCGUAUAACUUGAA